AUGCAGAAUCCUUUAACUUUUUCUGCAGGUGGUGGUUUUUUGCAUGCUAAUCCUGCAGAGAAACAUUGUGUCCGACAAAGUAUGCUGGGUCAGCACAACCAAGAAACUUGUGCUGGAAAGACAGUAUCCACAGAUAAACAUAAAUCCGCUUCAGAUAUAAUACAGAGUUUUCAGAAGAGAAGUCAGUUUAGGACCAUUGCUCCAAAAAUGGUACCAAAACUUUUAACAUCUGGAGUAGUCUCUUGUCUUCAGUCGUCUUUGCCUGAGCAAAACACACCAAUUUCAGCUGCAAGUUCUAAGCCACUGGUGGUACCAACUCAAAACUAUGCUGUCAUGCAGGUGGCUGGUCAUGAGGGGACUUUUUCUUUGUUUGCCUUGCCUUAUGUUGCCCCUGCCCUAACACAGCAAGUUCAGCAGUCAAGUAUGACCCCUUCUGAAAACCUAAAGCUGCCUAUCCCUAGGUACCAAUCCAUAAGAAGUAAAUUGCUGAGUGACAAAAAGCCAGCACAAACCUCUAUGCUGGGUGCACAUAACAAGAUUCCUACCAAAGCAUCGAUCUCAUCACAGACUUCCCACAUGACUACUUUAACUGAAGACUGUCCUGAAACUCAUAGUUCAGAUUCAACCGAGCAAGCAAUGCUAACAGAGCAUGACUCAGCUAAAAUUACAGUUACCACAUCAGUAAAUAAAAGCAAUUGUGUGGAAUCUGGGUCUCCUUUGGUGAAGAAAACUGAAACUGCCAACAGUAAUUCUUCUGGACCAUCUGUAGCUAAAGAGUCUUUAUCCAAGCCUGCAAGUCCAUUUAAUGCCACGAAACGACGUCUACGCUCAGCAAAGGCAGCAUCUGAAAGCACAAGAGAGUCAUGCAUGAUGUCUGAGAAACUGCAGGAAAGCCCCACAAAUUCUGCAAAUUCUGUUGCUGUCCUGUCACCAGCAGUUUUUGGCAGUACAAUACAGAUGACUCCAUCAACACCUAAGGGAAAACUUCCUAUUUUGCCUUACCAAAGGGUGAAAACUUCAGUGUUCUGUAAAUCUAGAAAGAAUACUGAUGUUACAGAUGUGCCUGGUCCUUCACUAAGAUCUGAGUGUGAGAAGACACCAACUUUGACAAGAGCUGAUCAUGUUCCUACUGAAGCAUCUGAUAUGCCAUCAGCUGUACCUUCUACACAAGUCCCCAGUCAAACCACUCGAGAAGGUAACUUCUCCCCAUCCAAUAAAGUGGACGCUGACGGUGUUAAAAAAUUGAGCAGUGCAGCCUCUAAAAGAAGGAGCAGGAGAAGAGCCGCAGAUGAUGUAUUGGCUUUUCAGACCAAGCGAAGGAAAUGUAUCAUUGGUAAGUUCAGGGAAGGAAGAGAGAGGCUGAAGGCUGAUCUUCAGCCACCUGAAGACAAAAAAGCAGAGGCAGUGAAAAAAUACCGCAGCAUUAGACCAAAACCAGUGGUAGUUGUGCAGGCUUUUGCCCCGCUCAGCUCUGCAGCAAUCGUAGAGGCAGCAUCUCCUGACCACUUAGACCAAGAUCGCUUCUUAAACACUUCGCUUCCCAACAAAUAUUUAAAUUCCAAGCACAGCGAUGCUGCGUCGGUUGAAUCAAGUGAUCUAAGUAGCAGUGCCAGUUCAACCUUACCUAAGCCAUCCCAUAAAUGUCUCAUUUGUAACCACAUCUUCCAGUUCAAACACCAUCUUCAGGACCACAUGAACACGCACACAAACCGACGGCCCUACAGCUGUCGCGUUUGCCGCAAAGCCUACAUUCAUUCCGGGAGCCUCAGCACCCACAUGAAACUUCAUCACAACGAGGGCAAACCCAGGAAGCUUGUGUGCUGUGAAUUCUGUGCUAAAGUUUUUGGCCAUGCAAAGGUGUAUUUUGGCCACCUCAGAGAAGUGCAUAGGGUUGUUAUCAACACAGAGCCUUCUACUAGCGAGCACCAGCUACAAGAUGCUUUAAAGAAGAGAGGCACAAACAUGAGAGAGACAGAAGAAGUAACAGAGAGGGGAAAUAAGUGCAAUUUGGAGGACCUAUUCCAUAACCCAGGAGAAGUGAAAUUGCAGAUAAAAUGUGGUCGAUGCCAGUUUAUUGCACAGUCCUUUGGUGAAAUGAAGUUUCAUUUAUUGUGCUCUCAUGGAGAAGAGAUCCAGGGACGAGUAAAGGAAGGGAGUUUGCAAGGAAGCAGAGGAUCUAAGGGGGAACUGAUCAAACAUACAACCCACUUCUGGAAACAGUGCUGUGAGAGGAGGCAUUUAGCCAAGGGCAGUGCCUAUGAGGAAGAAUUUUAUGCUUUCCCAAAACUGAAAAGACAGAUAUACUUUCACCAUCAAAAUAAUGUCAAUAUGUUAUCUAAAAGUGAACUGACUCCGUCACAAAGCAGCGAAGCAGCCAAAGAGAUGCAAAAUGUAGCUUUGGGUACACCAAGCAGAAAACCAGAGAUGUGGUCUAGAGCAGGCUAUAACUGCAUUUUGUGCAAACAGUUGUUUGGAAGACAAGAGGAUCUUUGUCACCACUGGCAGAGUCAUCAUAACUGUGAAGACCCUUCCACUUUAUGGACAAUUUUUAGUUUUUUAUCCAAACAAGGAGUUAUUGAAUUUUAUAGUAAUAGUGAAUAUGGAAGCUCAGCUCUCUAAUGCUACCAAAAACAUCAAUGAAACUGUUACCAA